AUGCUCCUACCCAAAGUUCUGUUGACUCAUGUCCCGCUCUGGAGACCCGAGGGCACGUCGUGUGGGCCACUGCGAGAAUCACGACGAGAGAUCCACCAGGGUGCUGGGGUAAAUUACCAGAACGAAAUCCCGGACGGGCCGACGAAGAUGCUCUUGGAAAAGAUCCAGCCCAGCUUGGUAUUCAGUGGUGAUGACCACGAUUAUUGCGAGGUAGUUCACACGCUUCCAUCCACUUCUCUGGCCAACCCAUCGCCGCUCUCGAUUCACGAGAUCUCAGUCAAGUCGUUCUCGAUGGGGAUGGGAGUCCAGGAGCCAGGCUACCAGCUGUUGACGCUAUCGAAUCCGGCGCGGUUCGGGCGGGCGCCGGAUGAGCAGACGACGUUCCACCGGCCGUGCCAGCUGCCGAACCAGGUCCGGAUCUACACGCAUCUCUAUGUUCCGCUCUUCCUGGCGAGUCUGGCGGUGCUCUUCGGGCCGGGACUCUGGAGGCUGAUGAGACGGUGGUCGCGGGCGGGGGGGAGCAGUCGGGAGCAGGCGCGGAUGAACGGGCUGCCGAUCCACCACCACCGGGCGCAGCAGCGGCACCGGAAGUCUCUCUCGCGGACGCUGAUGUUCACGAAGGCUAAAGCUCAGGGCGAGGAGAUCUCGUCGAGCUCGUCCUCGUCGGCCGACGAGGGCCGCUCGGACGAGGAAGCCGGCCCGCGCUUCCAACGGGCCCGACGCAGCGCCAGUCUCGGGCUGGCCAUCGGGCUCGGCAUCGACCAUGGCGACGGCUUCCACUCCCCGAACAGCGGCCUGCUCAGCUACCAUUCGCCGGUCGACUCCGGCCACGACGACCAACGCUUCUCUCACCCUUCGCCCGCCCUGCCUGUCGACCAUGCCCACAAGCUCCGGAGAUCGAUCGAGCUCGUCUCGUUCGAUCUUUGA